AUGCCUUCCUUUGUACUGCAGGAGCCAGAGGGCAAGACAUCGACCGAGGUUCGGGAUAUGGUAUGGAACCAGGUGGUGGCAAAGAAAGUUAGACCUAGAUUCCAGACGGUAACAACAAAGUCAGGGAAGGUUAUAUUGAAACCAAUGGACAAGGAGACGACUGAUGCACUGAAACAUAUUGCAAGGGUAUCUACCCUGUUACAGGAGGAUAGAUUACGGUGGCCCCGUAUCAUAAUCCGUGGUAUAGGCACUUACACCGCCAUGGUCGGGUCCCAGAAGGACCUGUUGGCACAAAAUCCAGAGUUGGGAAUAGAGGCAGAUGUGGACGAGGAGGUUGUAAAGCCGGUCUUCCAAACCGGCCCACGGGGAAAGAGCACCACGAACUGGGUUGUGGAGGUGAACCCCAAGUACUAUAGUAAGUUUGAGAGCACAACGCUCUAUCUUGGAUUCAUGAGGUGCAGAACGAAUGCAUACAAGGUGGUGACUCAGUGCCAUAUGUGCCUCAGACACGGACACCCAGCGGCCAAAUGCAACGAAAAAGAACAGGUGUGUCCGCAUUGUGGGCGGAAGGGUCAUAAGGCGUUGGACUGCCCGGCUGCGGAGGCGGAUCCAACAUGUGUCAACUGCCGGGGGAAACAUAACGCAAGGGCCAAGACGUGCUCUGCCCGCACGGCGUAUUUGUUGGGUCAAGUAAGGAGGACUGACUAUGGGAUCGCACAAUGA